CAACUUGUUAUAGCGUUUGUGUAAAUUUGGUGAAACAUUUGCGGCAACUUGGUGAAACAUUUGUGUCAACUUUUGUGCAGACUGCACAGGCUAAUCUGAGGUGACACUUACCACACAUGCAUUAAGCCCUGUUUUCCCCGAGGAAGACAGGUGACACUUACCACACAUGCAUUAAGCCCUGUUUUCCCCGAGGAAGACAGGUGACACUUACCACACAUGCAUUAAGCCCUGUUUCUCCCAGAGGAAGACUGAACUUGUUUUUGUAAUAAAUGCAGUUGAAAGCAGGAAGGGUGGGAUCUAUUAUUAAUCAUUCAAUCUAUGUGAUAUAAAGUCAAGUGUUUGUCUGAGAGGUUUCAGUGAGUUCUGUAUGGGGAUUACCAGGCCAGCUGAGAAGGGACCAGGCUGGAAGUUAGCGCGCAGCAAGUCUACCCCGCUCACCGGCCCCCGUACCGUCCACAUCCCCCGCACUGAGCGGGGCUACGGGUUCACUCUACGACACUUCAUUGUUUACCCACCAGCACCAAAGAACUUCCUGAAGGAGAGAGACUACACCAGUGAUGAAGACCAAAGGGAGGAGCUGUACUACCAGCAGAUAGAGUCAGGCAGCCUCCAGCCUCUGGACACCAUCUUCGUCAAGAAUGUCCGGGAGGGCGGGCCAGCACAACUUGCGGGCCUGAACGCUGGGGACCGGAUCAUCUCAGUCAACGGGGAACCAGUCACUGGGAGGUCUUACGGUCAGGUGAUCAGCCUCAUACAGCAUACGACCUCUGACCUCAGUCUGCUUGUUGUGCCGAAGGAGGAGGACAUUCUGCAACUGGCUUAUGAAAACUCGAGUCAAUCAUUUGACUCGGACUACUGCAGCCAAUCAGCACACACAUACAGUCGCCAGUCAUCAAUGGACAGCAGCCAGCGAACCUCACGAGAGAGUCGGGAUCGUAAGGUCCUCUCUACAAGUUCUUUAGACGCCAACGUUUUACUUGAGGGUCAAGAGCCGGGUGGGGGUCACGUGCUCCGGACUCUCCGAACUUCAACCUCGUACACAUCCGGGCUUGGCGGACUACGGGACUCGGGGCCCAUGUCGGAGGAGCAGACGAUGAACAAGUCUGUGUUUCUUGAUCGGAGGCGGGAGUUUGAAGCCCGUGCAGCUCAGGAAAAUGUAAAUCCAAAUGCGUCGAAAGCGUAUUCGUUUGGGUUGUACUUCCCCAAAAAGGAGGCGAAAGUCAACAGUUCGGUGGAGAAUUUAGCCCGGGAAGUGGCUGUGAAAAGAUCAAGGGAAUCUGUUCUUCAGCCGACGGACUCACAGGAAAAUAUUUCAAAGACUCAGGGGCAGCCAUCACGAACACGGAAUGUGCCGAUUGAGUAUCGACAUAGCAGCAGCCCGGAUCCCAAGAUAAUGGAGAGGCUCAAGUCUCAGACAGAAGUUUCCACUCGGGUCAACGGGGCAUCGUCUGGGUCGGGGUUCAGUUCCUCCAUCAGGCACAGUUUCCCAGACUCCGGACUUCAAGUGUGGACGUCCCCGCGGCGCAGGACGAGUGAUACCAACUCCCCGCACGGGUUUCUUGGUGGGGGCACUCCAAUACCUGAUGGUAGCCGACAAGAAGUUGGUGGUAGCAAUGCGAACAGCUGGCAAUACGUGCCCGUCAUUUCUGACUCUUCCAUUGCUAGAAGUCAAAACAUGUCGGCUAGUGUUGAUAGCAUCGAUCCGCGAUCGAAUGUGUAUCACACGGAGCACCAGUUACGAACUGCGUACAACAAAAAUGCGCCUAUGAUGGAAUCGACCCCGAAACACAAGCCCCCUCCUAGCAGGACGUUUAUUGUAAAGAUAGGUGACGGGGAAGAUCGGAGUACCACACCUGUGGCGGGAAAUGCAGCGUCGUAUGGAGCUGCCUUCGCCGUGACUCGAUCUCCCAAUGCGACAGAAGUGGAGAUAAGGCACAAAUCGCGAGAGCCGAGAAUUCUCGUUUCUCACAGAAAGAAACAGUUUGAGGAGAGGAAGGACUUAACACCGCCGGUGGGUAACGCUGUGACUCAAAGAUAUAAAACAGAAGUGACGAGUUUUAGGAAGUUUGACGGUAUUCAGGCGCGCCUGGCCUCGUUUGAGAGCAGUAGCAGCGCGGAGCAGUCACCUUCACGGUCCCAGACGCCCGUCGGCCCGGCGGGUAAAACCCGUCAGCAGUCGAUGGAGAGACUCACGUCUCCAGAACCACAGGGGUGCAGCACACCAUACCCCACUCAGGGAAAUACAGAAUCCAAGUAUUCAGAGGGGACUCCCAUACGGAUAUACUUGUCCCAAGGGAACUCCAAGACCGCGGGAUCUCCCAUUGUUGAGAUCGUUCCCAUGCCAUCCUCAUAUAAGAUGGAUUCCGCAGCGCCGGACGGAAGGUCGGCAGGAUUUAUUUCUCACAGCGGGGAGGCAUCGGAGCAGGUGGAGAAUGAUGGGCAGAAGCCGGUCAGGAAAGGGUCGUUCCUGUCUGCUGUUAACGCCCCGUACAGUCGAUAUCUCCCCCAGACUGGGUAUGACAAUGAAACCCCUUCCGAGACCCCUAAAUCAUCAAGAAACUACAUCACCAGUGACAUUCGAGCGUCCAAUCAAAGUCUAUCCAGAGAGAUUCGUUCUUCCAAUCAAAAUGUAUCGCACGAUGUGCGUUUGUCCAAUCAAAGCCUGGCGUUUGAUCUGCGGUCGUCAACUCAGAGCCUGUCUCGUGAGGGGGCAGCGACUCCCACCCCGACCUGGAGACAGCCCAGUCCAGCAAGGGCUCUCUCCCCCAGCAGCCUUGGGGACUCCAGUGUGGACAUCACCUUGACAACCAACACUGUGACCCUGACCUCCGGAUCUGGUACCGUUCGUAUGCGCAACAAGCCCGAAUUAACAGCUGAGGACGCUGAGACCAAGCUUCACAGACGUACCUCAUACCUGAUGGCGACUGCAAAGGACCGGUCUGCAGCCAGUCUCGCUAUGUCCCCUCACUCCAAUAUCCCUAUAGAUCCCAGCACCCCUGCUGCAGGACAGAUGGGCAAGCACAAGAGUAUGCGUAAACUGAAGGACUUCUUUGGAGAGAAGACACCACGAAUCAUGGAGGCGCAGGAGAAGAAACUGGAUCCGUUCAGUCAAGUGUUCAAGGACGGGAACCAUAUGUCCAGUCAAGUGGUCAAUGCAGGGAACCAGCCUGCCAGUCCGUUACAGGGAGUGAUAAAGGAGGGGAACCUAGCAGUGAAAUUAGAUGUUAUAGAUGGAAAGCGUGCAGGGGACCGGUCUUGGCGCCCAGUGUGGGCCGUACUGCGUGGACACGCCCUGUACCUGUGUAAGGAGAGACGGGACCCAGUCACAACGAGCGUGUUCUCAUACGAAGAGCAGCCAAUCUCCGUGAAGUCCUGUAUCGUAGACAUUGCCCACAGCUACACCAAGCGCAAGAACGUGUUCCGACUGAAGACGUACAACGGGUCGGAGUACCUGCUCCAGGCCGAUGACCAGAUGGACAUGCUAGUCUGGAUACGACACAUCAGCGCCAACAAUAAUCCAGACCUUGACGCCAACGGUGUUACAAACGCAGAGCUGAUUAUCCGCAAGAGCCAGGAGCUUACCGAGUCUGGACCAACCCUGGGGAGCAACACGUCCCCAACCCCCGCCCAUAAGAUCACCAAGAAACUCUCUGUUAUCAAACAGAAGGUGCCGCAGUCUCCCAGCAUCAAGAGACGCAAGACAGUGUCCGGGGAUAAACUUGAGGACACCGGGAAGCCGAAGACGUGGAAGGGUAAGCUAGGGAAGAGCAUUAAGAAGCACAUGGGCUCGAGUUCGUCAACUGGGCAAAUUGCAGUCGUACCUGAGACCGGAGGGAUGUUUGGGGUGCCAUUGGAGGACUGUCUGCCCUCACCAAACAAUGAGUUUGUGCCCCUCAUAGUGGACCUAUGUAUCCAGAUAGUUGAGGCACGUGGACUGGAGAUGACUGGUGUCUACCGUAUCCCUGGUAACAAGGCAGCCGUAACCAUACUACAAGAAGAAUUCAACAAGGGUAUCGACUGUAUGAACCUGGAGCAUGAGAAGUGGUGUGACGUGAACGUGAUCAGUUCUCUAUUGAAGUCUUUCUUCCGCCAGCUUCCUGAGCCACUAAUUCCCGAUGACCUGUACCAGCCAUUCAUCGAUGCAAGCCGUAAUAAGGAUUCGGAGAAGCGCAUGUUGAAGCUGAAGGCACUCAUACACAAACUGCCGGAGCACCAUCUAGAGACGUUCAAACACCUUGCGCGACACCUGAACCGCGUAGCCCAGUACGCUGACGUCAACAGGAUGCAGGCCAAGAACCUUGCUAUCGUGUUUGGGCCGACAUUGAUCCGCAAGGCCGACGACAACAUGGUAGCCAUGGUGACAGACAUGUCGGACCACUGCAAGAUCAUAGAAAGCAUCAUUCUCCAUUGUGAGUGGAUCUUUGGCUCCUGGGACAUGGACAGCAGCGUCCCCACAGAUGACGAGGCUGCAGAGUGCAUGUCUUUGGUGUCAGCGCCCUCCAGCAGUAACAUGAGAGAGGAGGCUGAGUUAAACCCACGUGAGAUUGUUUCAAGUAUCGUCUCUGCAGCCAAUAGAAAACUUCGGGGUGAAAGCCCAGCUCGCGUCUUGCCGCCGGACAAACGAAGCGUGUCCGUGUCAGACCCACCCCUUGGCUACAACGAGCGAAACAUAGACAAUGAGAUUCUCAUUAGGACGCAAAAGAUCGACACAACAUCCCGCAGCAGCCCGAAUCUAGCAGCCAUGCAGCAUAGCACGGACCUGCUGAAACCAUUACCGGAUCUACCAGACAGACGCAUGGCAAAGUCCCAAGACUUUGUAGACCGCGAAUUUUCUGACUUCGAUUUCAUCGAUUCUGAGAAGGAAAAUUCGGUGGCUUUUCUUACGCCGAUGACGCAGUAUUUUUCGGACGAGUCUCUACUGGACCGGAAUGACGAGUUGGAGCUCUCCCACGGCAGCACAUCACUCCACGGGAGUUUUAACCGACUCCGACGUGAGACGAUCGACAGUCUGAGGCGCAUUGAGCUGGAGGCGCGUGCCAUUCGGGAACGGGAAGAACGGGAAGAGCGCCGACAGCGGGAGGAAAAGAAGCGUCAACUUGAGCGGCAAAGAAUUGAGGCAGAUAUCCUGCAGACGCAGCGUGAGCUAGAGAUUGAGGACAGGCAUAGCGUGGAAGAUCUGCUCCAAGCAACAACUGGAUAUUCACUGAGUCUGCACCCACACGGAGACACGCCAGAAGAAUCGGGUAGAACCAAGCGGUACGGUGGUAGAGACUCACACAGGAGUGAUAAGCAUAUUGUUGUGAAGAGUAAUGCUGGAUCUAACUAUCGGUCAGCGCGGCAGCCCCGACAGAUGAGCGCAGGGUCGCUGUCAUCCCAAGCGAAACGAACGGGCUCAGUGGAAAAUAUGGCGGACGGACACAGCUUUCCAAGUGCUAUUAACCGCCCCACCGCCCAGGUAAAGGCUCAGUCUAAGAGGGACUCAGCAGAGAUAAAGCGGCGAAGUGCGGGUUUAACCCGGACAGGUUCAGUGCGGCGCGGUUCUCUGGAUUCCCUGAUUGACUUGCUGGAGAGGCGGGACAACCGUAUGUCCUGGGCUUCCACAGACUCCGAUGAGGGAUUUGAUUUGCUAGCUACGCUAACCUCGACUUUCGAUAAGAAAUUGCAAACAUUAUCUAGUGCUAAAAUGUCCAAUUGUGCAUCAUCAUCAAAGCCUCCUAGGUGGGGUCUGAAUUCAAAUGGUGGCAGUGUAAGUAAUGGCGCUUUACCUGAUGCAGGCGAUUCCCCGGCAGCUCAGACGGCACAGCACCGACUCCCUCCACAGCCUCCCCUGUCCCACUUAUCUCGGCAAGCAGCCAUGCAGGCAGAUAAUCAGGGUCAAGGAAAGCAGUACAGAGAUCCCAGCCUACACAGGACGCCACCGAAAUCGGACGCGAAGAUAGGAUUGGCGACCAGAUUUGAGAGAAGCACCACUCACAAUCCUCUCUAUGAAGGCCACAGUGAGCCAAGUCUUAACCUUCUGGUUCGGUCAGGUAGCAACAAUAGCGGUAUCAACCUGCACAGUGAUGUUACAUACUCAGCUGAUAGUGCUGUUGUCCAAGGGGUUGCUUCUAGGGGGAUGGAACGUUCUGAGAGUAACGCUGCAAUCCAAGGGAUUGCUUCCAGGGGGAUGGAACGUUCCGAGAGUAGUGCUUCAAUUCAUGGGGCUGCUUCUAGGGGGAUUGAAAGGUCCGAGAGUGAUUCAAGGGUUGCCUCAGUCAUGGUAGUGAUUUCCAGUCCAUCGAUAAUGUCUGCUGACAGCAGCGGUCGCAUGGCAAUACAGCAACACGUCUCUAAACCUCUCACUGCAUACCAGUCACCGCUAAAGUCGUUCUUAAACUCGCAGAAUGACGGUCUCCAUGGUGACCCCUUAAGGACAGAAACCCCAUCAAAACGUCCAGACUACCGGCCCAUUACAAAAUCAGAAAAGACCGAAGUGAAUGUGAGACUAUCUCAGAGCUUAGAGAAAAACAGAGCAGCCGAGGAAUCUGACGCUGCCAGUCGUGGACCGGUCAGUGAGAGUGUGCCAAAAACUCGGUCUGCAUCGCCGCCUGUAUUCGGUAGGAAAAGAAACGAGCAGUGUAAACGUCGUCGCCAUACAGUGGGUGGUACAAGUGAUAGCAAUAAUAUUUUAGCAAUGGACGCCGCCUUGUCAAAUGUGAAACGACAGUCGGCUUGGGAGCAACUGCGACCGAACGUUGGUGCCAACGUUGUGCCUCACGCAAACAUGCAGUCGUGGCUGCAGGCUGAGCGACUCAGGGGAAGUUCACCUGAUCUGUCGUCCCUCAGGGAUAGGGGAAACAGACAGGCUACAUCCUGACCUUGAACUUGAGUAUUUACCAUGUUUUGACCAUUGACCUUGGUUUUUACUUUGAAAAUAAAUCUUGGUUGGGGUUUGACCUGUGCUUGACCUUAAGGGAUUUGAUGCUAUGUUUGGUCAUUGACAUUGGAGUGUUUAGGAUUAUGUGUAUAGACAGAAGUUCAAAAUGUCGCAAUUCUGAUAAAGGGUAUUCAACUGCAAUAUGUUUGUUAAGAAGGUGAAACUUUGUGAACUUGAUGUCGUUGACAUGAACUUUAUAUUGACACAGAGACUCAAAUACAGUUGACAUGAACUUUAUAUUGACACAGAGACUCAAAUACAAUCAGAGAGUAUUUAACUAUUGAUUUUGUUAGACAAUAUUUUUUUUAAUGUUUAUUAAUGCAUUGUUGAUAUAGGUAUGUACAUUUUAUUUGACUUUUUUUUUACUUUUUUUUUACUGCAAACUGUUUAACCUUUGAACUGUUUAUUUAAAACUUGAGUGUUAAAUCCCCCAAACUGCCGCUGUUAAAAUACUCAAGAGAUGGAAACGAUGUUAUGUCAAAUCAUUAUUACUCUUUGGACAUGAUUUUUAACCAGGUUUUUAACCAGGUUUUCCGAAGGAAAAAACGGGUUAUUAGAUUGGCGAAUGCGGGCGGGCUGGCUGGCGGGCGGGCGGAACAAGCUUGUCCGGGCCAUAACUUUGUCGUUCAUUGUGAGAUUUUAAAAUCAUUUGGCACAUUUGUUAACCAUCAUUAGACGGUGUGUUGCGCGAAAAAAUUACGUCAAUAUCUCCAAGGUCAAGGUCACACUUUGAGUUCAAAGGUAAAAAAUAGCCAUAAAUGAGCUUGUCUGGGCUAUAACUAUGUCAUUCAUUAUGAGAUUUUAAAAUCAUUUGGCACAUUUGUUCACCAUCAUGGGACGGUGUGUCGCACGAAAAAAUCACGUCAAUAUCUCCAAUGUCAAGGUCGCCACGACUAAAAAUAGAUUUAUUUUAAAACAAACUUACAAAGGGGGUUAAUUUUGUUUGUUCAUUUCAAAAGUUCAGUUUGAGUUGUCUCCCUUCACAGAUUUUUUUUCACAAUGAAAACCUGGUUUUGUGACAAUUUUAUCCCUUGUUUUUUCAUUGAUUUCGUGAGUUGAUCAAUCAAUUUAUCACAAACACAUCGGAAAAUGACCAACGCAAAUUCCUGAUUCUUUUUUUUACUAAAAUAAAAAAACAUGAAAUUAUGUGUCUGCAAAAGCCAUUUAAAAAAAAAAUAACGUUAUUUCUUGCCAACGAAUAUAAACUAUUUGGCAGCAUUCCAAAACCGGUUGGUACUGGAAUACAAAUUGCUACGGUAUUUAUCGAUAUAUACUAUAUGAAUAGUUUCCGCCAUUAAAGAAACCCCUCCCCCCAUUACACCCCACCCACCCCUUUUUGCCAACUUUCCUUGUACUUGCAAUAUUUUUUAUUUGACUGAAACUUAUAGAUAUUUGUUAAAUAGAGUUGCAGAUAUUGUAUUUUAAGACAGCAUGUGCAUGCAUGCAAAUUAGAGACGAUAGGUAAUCAUUUAUUCAUUCGUGUAUACUAUUUAAUACGUUAUUAUAGUUGUAUUGUACGGUUGUUUUAACAAGAGUUGUUUCCCUUUAAUGUACAUUUUAUAU